CAACUCAUGAGGUCUAUAUAUUUGGAAUUCUUUGCCUCCAAUUUAUUCUCUUCAAUACCACUGGAGUGCUCGGAAGAAGACACAGCACGCUUCGAUAGCAUUUUAGCGGCCGGGAAGGAGAGAGACCAGUAAGGACAAAGAACGAAAUGGGCGAGCAGAAGGAAGGCCCCAAGAACGAGGGCGAGAAGAAGGACGACGGGAAUGGGACCGCCGUCGUCCUCAAGAUGGACAUGCACUGCCGCGGUUGCGCCAAAAAAAUCCGGCAAGCUGUCAAGAAAUCGGGCGGCGUUGAAGACGUGAAGGUCGACUUUGCCAGCAACAAACUAACGGUGACUGGGAAAGUCGAACCCGCGAAGAUCAAGGAUGCAUUGGAGACGAAGACGAAAAGGAAGGUGGAGAUCGUUUCUCCGCUGCCCAAGAAAGAUGGAGGUGGUGAUAAGAAGCCUGAGGAGAAAACAGAGAAGAAACCAGAGAAGAAAACAGAGGAGAAGAAUGCAGAGGACAAGAAGGCAGAGGACAAGAAACCCAAAGAGACGACGGUGGUUUUUAAAAUCAGGACGCACUGCGACAGCUGCAUUCGGAAGAUGAACAAGAUCAUUUCGAGGAUCGAAGGGGUGAACGCGGUGAGCAUCGACGAAGCCAAGGAUCUAGUGACUGUAACCGGGACGGCGGACCCUAAGGAAAUGAUUACGUACCUCAGGGAGAAAUUCAAUAGGAGCGUCGAGGUGGUGCCGCCGCCAGCGGCAAAGAAGGACGACGGAGCUUCAGACAAGAAGGACAAAGAAGGCGGAGGCGGCAAGAAGAAGGACAAACAAGUGGGGGGCGGUGGAGACAAGAAAGAGAAAGAAGCUGCCGCUGGUGGUGGCGAGAAGGACGGCGGUGGCAAGAAAAAGGGCAAGGGAGAGAGUGAAAAGGAGGAUGGGGGCGGCAGCGAGGCCCCGAAGAUGGAGAUGAGCAAAAUGGAAUACGGUGGACACUCCGCGCCACCUCCGAUGUAUUGGUCGGAGGGGACCUCGUACGCCCAAAGUUACGCCCACAACUACGCCCCCACCCAAAGUUACCCCCACAACUACGCCCACAACUAUGCCAUGGAGCCAUAUAAUUACCAAGCGGGCUAUGCAAACCAAGGCUACCCAAAUCACUACGCGCACGAAGGCUACCCAAAUCACUACACGCACGAAGGCUACGGGAUGCCUAUGGACCAUCGGUUGCACCCUAUGGACCCACGCUUAAACCCCCCUCAAAUGUUCAGUGACGAAAAUCCGAAUGCAUGUUCAGUAAUGUGAUAUACACCUCGACGCUGAGGAUUGGAAAACCAAUAAAAAAAUGAAAAAAGAAAGGCGGAAUGGCAAUUGUAUAUAUUCAUAAUUUUGUAAUCUUACGAAAUAUUUUUGGAAGCGUGCAUUAGGUUAGAGGAAGACAGCCCAACCGGCCGGUUGGUUGGCCUGUUCCGUUGUGGGGAUGGUAGUUGGUUGGUUUUUCAUCCGUUUGUGUUUCAUGUCCAAACAAAUCUUUGUACUAAUGAAAUCGAAUGAGAUAAUGAAAUUCCAUACCCAAACAAA